CCCGAUUGCAUUUUUAGGUGAAAUUUAGGAUGAAUAAACUAGACUUAAUGAGGAAGAUGCUCAAAAAAUUUCAUCAAAAAAUUCCAUCGGGAACCACCCCAAAUGGCGUCGGCCGGACAGAGUAUCCUAAAUAUGACCUUAUUUGAUAUUUUUUUCGAGUUCGAAGCCCUAUCUGACCCUUAUCCCUAAAUCCCUAAAUUAAAUGAUUGGCUAUACUGAAAUAUAGGGAAGAACAGUAUUAAUAAAAGAAUCUAAAUAGUGCUUUCAUAUGGAGAAAGCCUAUAUUUACGGAGUAACUUUUGAACUCCACCAAAAAUUGUCCAAGGGAGUGUACUGUGUAGUGUGAGCUAGGGCCUAGGAGUAACAUGAACAGAGUAUAAAUACUCAUACUCCGUAUGAUACUGCGUAAGUGACCCGUUAAUUAAUUCCAAAACAGUUUGGAAUUUGAAGUAUUAUUCUCAAACAUGAAUGGGAUCAUUUCCAACGACCGGUGCUGGAAUGAGGAGGCUGAAGGAGACCAAGACACGGUCAUCAAAGUCUUGGAAAGUAAGCUAUCGAAGUCGCCGAAAGCACUGAGCAAAUCGGCCGGCAGAAACGGUUGCUGCAUUUUCCGGGUACACCCGGGCCUCACCAAAGUGAAAGUCCAGUCGUAUCAACCUCGCAUAGUCUCAAUCGGCCCAUACCACCACGGGAAGGAACACCUGAAGAUGAUGGAGGAGCACAAGGGGAGGUUUUUGGAGAGAGCGGUGAAGAGGACGACGGAGAAGAAAAAAGGUGUGGGUUUGAAGCAGUAUGUAGAAGCUGUCAAAGAUCUGGAAGCAGAGGCCAGAGCAUGCUAUUCUGAGGCUAUCAAUCUGAGAAGCGAUGAGUUUGUUGAGAUGUUGGUCCUUGAUGGCUGCUUUGUGCUUGAAAUGUUUCGGGCAUUCAGCAGCGGGGAGGUUGGCUUAGAGGAAGAUGAUCCAUUUCGUUCUAUGCAAUGGAUAGGCUUCGGUCUCCACCAUGACUUCCUCUGCCUCGAGAACCAAAUACCAUAUUUCGUGCUCGAAAAAUUGUUCGAACUUACUGAAAUUGACGACGAAACGAUGCCCAACGGAACAUCUCAUAAGAGUUGUUUGUCCCUGCUGGCCCUCCGCUUCUUCGACACCUCGAGUGAUGAAUUUGAAAGAAAAGCGAAAGGGACCAAGGACAGUUCCCUUCCCGACGGGGAGUUGAAAGGCCUUCAUCUACUUGAUUUAGUGCGGAAAAGUUAUUUCCCCAAGGAUUUUGGGGAGCAGAAGAAACCGGGAUCUGGGUCAAAAGACCGGAAAUAUGAGGACCGCAAUCUGCACCGCAUCUCCAAGCUGCGCCAAGCCAGAAUCAAGGUGAAGCGCAACAAAAAAGAGGAGAGGAGUUUCUUAGCGGUGGGAUUCAAGCGGGGAAGGAUCAGGAUGCCCAGACUAGCGUUGGACGACGCGAUGUGCGCGUUCUUGCUGAACUGUGUGGCAUUCGAGCAAUGCCACACAGGGAGCGACAGGCUCGUGUCCAGUGGCGGAGCCCUUUUGUUCAAAGGUGUGCUUAUGAACACCUAAAAUUUUGAAAAACUUGUUAGUAUAUAUGUAUAAAUCUUGUUUAAUUAUUAUUGCUCUUUUAAGGUUUCAUUGUAUAAAUAAAUUGAACACUCAAAAUAUAAAACAUAAAUCCGCCACUGCUCGUGUCGCGGUACGCGGUGCUUCUCGGGUGCCUCGUAGACACGCAAAAGGACGUGGAUAUUCUGUGUCACUCCGAGGUCUUGCACAACCAUUUUGCGACGCAGAGUGAGUUGGCGGCCUUUGUGGACAUGCUCGGGAAGGCCGCGGCGUCCAACCAUCUCGGUGAAAGCUACUUGAAGGAGGUGUUUGCUGGCGUGAACAAGUAUUACAACCGCUUUCGUGUACUUCGUGCAAUUACCGACUCCCUGGGUACCCUUCUUGAUUUCCUACUAAUAAUCUUCUAAUAAGCACAGUGAUGAUUAGGGAGGGCAUGUUACAAUAAAAAUGUUGGGCGUUCACUGUUGUUGUAAAAGUUGUUCCAUUCUUUUUUUUUUUACUUUCUAUUCACCUCUCGUGUUUACUGUUUCCGUUUUCUUUGUGUUGGCCUCACGCCCUCACCUUUGAAUUGAUCUAUGAAUAUGAAUUUAUUUGCUUUAUUCCUCAUUUAA